CAUGCGCAAAAGAAAAUUCCUCUUUCUCGGUGGACGCAAUGGCGGACGCAGAAAAAAAAGUUCCGGCGGUCCCUGAGAGCCUUUUGAAAAGGCGAAAGGCCUUCGCCACCAUGAAGGCCAUUCGUAUCAAGAAGAUGCUGGCUGAGAAAAAGGCCCGCAAAGUGACCAGGAAACUGAUCUACAAGAGGGCUGAGAAGUACCACAAGGAGUACAGGCAGAUGUACAGGCGUGAAAUCCGCCAGAGUCGCACUGCUCGCAAAGUGGGAAACUACUAUGUGCCUGCUGAGCCCAAACUGGCCUUUGUCAUCAGGAUCAGAGGUAUUAACGGUGUCAGCCCCAAGGUCCGCAAAGUUCUGCAGCUGCUCCGUCUGCGCCAGAUCUUCAAUGGUGUGUUCGUCAAGCUGAACAAGGCUUCAAUCAACAUGCUCAGGAUCGCUGAGCCCUACAUCGCCUGGGGGUACCCCAACCUGAAGUCUGUGCGUGAGCUCAUCUACAAACGUGGCCAUGGCAGGAUGAGGAAACAGCGCAUCGCCCUCACAGACAAUGCUCUGGUGGAGAAGGCCCUCGGCAAAUAUGGCAUCAUCUGCGUUGAGGACCUCAUCCAUGAGAUUUACACAGUUGGAAAGAACUUCAAGCCCGCCAAUAACUUCCUGUGGCCCUUCAAGCUGUCAUCACCCCGUGGUGGUAUGAACAAGAAGACCACACACUUUGUGGAGGGAGGAGACGCUGGCAACAGGGAGGAUCAGAUCAACAGAAUGAUCAGGAGGAUGAACUGAGGAUAUGGUUUCCAAGGACUCAAAAUGUACAAUAAAAACAUGAAAAAAAAACUGUCUUGGUCUUGUCAUUAAUUUGUGGUGCCA